AUGGGUGUAUUUAUUGGAAAUCAUAGCAAAUUAGGUCCAACUGUGGAAGAUGUUGAAGGACCAGCAGGGCAACCAGGGCCAAAAGGUGAUAAGGGUGGUACUGGUCCAAAAAAGAGACAAAGGAGAUGGAGGCCUAAAAGGAGAUACUGGUGCACAGGGGCAGAGGGAUAUGAGGGUGAAAAGGUAGAUACUGGUGCAAAAGGCCCCAAGGGUGAUACUGGUGCACAAGGGCCAUAUGGUAGUGGUGGUGCUGGGUCUGAGGGUCCUAAAGGUGACCAUAGACAAGGAUCAAAGGGAGAUAUUGGUCCUCAGGGUCCAAAAGGUGACAAAGGAGACACAAGUCCUCAAGGUCCCAAGGGUGAUAAAGUUGACAGUGGUGUUACAGGUCGAAAUGGUGAUAAAGGGGACACUGGAGCACAGGGACCUAAACGUGAUAAAGGUGAUAGAGGACCACAGGGGCCAUCUGGUAGUGGUGAUUCUGCAGACCUUUCAACUGUUUCAUAA